UGGCACUAAAAUAAUUUUUGGAUACUUAUUUGAAUAUGCAAUUUAAUGUAUCUAUACUCUUAAAAUAAGUGAAAAAGAGCAGUGGAAAUGUAGAAGUAUGUAUUGGUAGGUCAUAAAGUAACUAAAAAAAAUAUAAACAAAGGACCUCAUAGAUAAAGACUCAACUCUUGCCCAGUCAGAACUGGCCAAUAAAAACAAUAUGUGAAUGUUAAGGGUUUGAGAAGAAUGUGGCACUGACAGAAUGUGUUCUUAUGAAAAUAUUCAUAAUUUAACAUGCUUUGGUUUUGGUAUGAGAACAUGCUUUCAUAAUACUAACUAGUGGUAAAUGUAAAUAUAUUGAAUUAUUUAAUCAUCUUAACAGUGAUACCUAGAGAUGCAUAAAUCUUACUAUUUGGUGAAAUGUUAUGUAGUUUAAAUCUAUUUAAAGAUAUUUGCUAUUUCAUGAUUGGUUGACAAAAUUUGAAAAGGUAGUUGUAGAGUAGCAUGAGAACAGCUUUUAGAUAAUAUGAAUUGUAAUUUAUGUUUUUAAUGAUUGUUAAAAAUAGCAAUCAUUGCAUUUAUACAAUAUUGGUCUAUGCCACAAGAAAGCUAAGGCUUUUGAGUAUCUCUGGGGGUUAAAAAUAUUUUUUGUGUGGUGGGAGUGGAAUUUCAGUUAUAUAAGAAUUAUAAGUUAGUUUUCUCUUAUUACCUGGAUUUGAAUUAUAUUAGUAAAUAGAUAACUAGAUGUAUUCUAGAACCAGUCAGUGCAUGUUGGGGAGAAAUGGGGAGGGUUUACUCAGCAGUACUCUCCUUUAGUUUGGUCAUGAAAUGGAAUUGCUUUAUGUAAAUUGUUCUUACUGGCGCCAGCUAGCUGUAACUGCAGUCUGGCUAUGCUAGGGCAGCAAAUAAUAUGUGUCAUGGAUUUUCUGUUUGGAAUGUAUAAGAAUUCAGCCUUUUGGACUGAAAGAACAGAGUUGAUGCAUUAUAAUCGGAGUAGUGAGACCACAGUUGACUGUGAAUAUGUGGACUAGUGAGAGGCUAUAAGCCUUUUAAGCUUUUAGUUCUGCUUUUAUAGAUUUAUGCCUAUUGAUACUAUUGGGUAAUAUGUGGGAGGUACUUAACUGCACACAGUUGCUGCAGACCUAAUAGUUGGCAGCAUAGAAAGCAGUACAAAGAAUUCUGAUUCUAGGCAUUUUCACUUGAAACAGUCAUUUUGAAGAUACACUUUAUGUGUUCUGUGAGCUUCAUUGACGUACUGUCUGACGUUUUCUGGCUUUUGUGGCUAAUGGGAUGUUUGCUGCACAAACUACACAACAGAUGUGAACCACUGUUUGAAAGGAAUUUUAAUAUGUAGCCAACCUACUGUAUUCCUGGUUUGUUUUUUUUUUUUUUUUUUUAUGAAUAUGAACCAAACAAGAAAUUUAGACUCAAGAAGGCUGACCUAGAAGUCUGCAUUAAGCUUUUAAUGUUUAUACUUGAACUAAAUAACAGUGGUUUACAGAAGAGGAAGUCCUUUUUCACAGUAUCAAGCUGCCCACAGAUUCACAAUGGAUAGUAUAGAAGAACCUCAGAAAAAAAUCUUUAAAGCUCGAAAAACAAUGAGAGUAAGUGAUCGUCAACAACUUGAAGCCGUGUACAAGGUCAAAGAAGACCUUUUGAAAACAGAUGUCAAGCUGUUAAAUGGCAACCAUGAAAAUGGAGAUUUGGACCCAGCCUCACCUUUGGAAAAUAUGGACUGUAUUAAAGACAAGGAAGAGGUAAAUGGCAUUGAAGAGAUUUGUUUUGACCCUGAAGAUGGUAAAACAGAAUGGAAAGAAACAUCCUGUAUCCUAAAUGUUAAUGCAAAAAACAAGCAGGAAGACAAUUUAAAUUGUGAACCCUCAUCUCCUAAUAAUGAAACUCCUGAACCAGUGUCUAACCUGACUGCUGAAGUAGCUUCUGGCGAUCCAGCUCCUGGUGAUCUGGCCACUGGAGAUCUAGCCUCUGGAGUACUAGUCUCUGAUGAUCUCAUGUCUGGUGAUCUAACCUCUAGUGAUUGCUCUUCUGGUGAUCCCACCUCUGGUGAUCACUCUACUGGUGAUCCCACCUCUGGUGAUUCCUUCUCCGGUGACACUGCCUCUGGUGAUGCUGCUUCUGGUGAUUCUGCCUCUGGUGAUGCCGCCUCUGGUGAUGCCACCUCUGGUGAUGCCACCUUUGAUGAUGCCACCUCUGGUGAACUCAUCUCUGGUGAACCAGUCUCUAGUGAUUGUGCCUGUGAUGAUAUGGCCUCUGGUGAUCCAGCACCUGGAUCAUUGGCCUCUGUUGAUCAGGGGUCUAGAGUACCAGCCCCUGGUGAUUCAGCCUCUGGUAAUCCGACCUCUGGUGACCUGGCUUCUGAUGAUCCGGCCUCUGGUGAUCUGGCUCCUGGUGAUCUGGCCUCUGGUGAUCCGACCUCUAGUGAUCUGGCUUCUGGUGAUCCGGCCUCUGGUGAUCUGGCCUCUGGUGAUCUGGCCUCUAGUGAUACUGCCUCUAAUGAUCUGGCUACUGGUGAAAUGACUUCUGAAUCGGCCUUUCAUCCUACCCUUGAAAAGAGUUCUGUGUCAGCUUGUGAACCAGUUCCUGAAACUGUCAGUAUAGAACCAAGUAGCAAUAAAGAUGAUGAUUUUAUUGAAAAAAAUGGACACGAUGAAAAAUUAGAGCAAGUUCAAACUAAGGACUCAACUGAUGAAAAUAGUAAUGUUGAUGCUAGUGAAGAAACUCCAGAAACAGAUGAUACAAUUAUUUGUUCAGAUCUGCCUCCUGAAAAAGAAAAGAAGGUAGAAGAAGAUACUAUUACAGAGCUCGCUCUUGGAGAAGAGGCCAUAUCAAGCAGUAUGGAAGUUAAUCAAGGCGAAAAGAAUGAAGAUGAAAAUUCUGCAGACCUUGUAGAAACCGUUAGUGAAAGUGUUACAAAAGAUGGCAAAAGUGAGAAUAUCUUAGAAAAUACAGAUUCUAUGGAAACAGAUGAAAUCAUUCCUAUUUUGGAAAAGCUUGCACCUGCUGAGGAUGAACUUACUUGCUUUUCCAAAACUUCUCUCCUUCCAAUUGAUGAGACAAAUCCAGAUUUGGAAGAGAAAAUGGAAGGUUCUUUUGGUUCACCAUCUAAACAAGAAAGUAGUGAGAGUUUGCCAAAAGAAGCCUUUUUGGUCCUCUCUGAUGAAGAGGAUGUUUCAGGUGAAAAAGAUGAGUCUGAAGUUAUAUCACAGCAUGAGACAUGCUCUCCAGGAGUAGAAAGUAAUGAAAAGGACGGCAAACCUGAGGAAGAAGAGCAAGUAAUACAUGAAGAAGAUGAAAGACCUUCUGAGAAAAGUGAGUUUUUUAGAAGAAAACGUUCUAAAUCAGAGGACAUGGACAAUGUACAGUCCAAACGUCGACGAUACAUGGAAGAAGAAUAUGAGGCAGAAUUUCAAGUAAAGAUAACAGCCAAAGGAGACAUUAAUCAGAAACUUCAAAAGGUUGUACAGUGGUUGCUGGAAGAAAAAUUAUGUGCAUUACAGUGUGCUGUGUUUGAUAAGACUUUGGCAGAAUUGAAAGCACGAGUGGAAAAGAUUGAAUGUAACAAGAGGCAUAAAACAGUUCUUACUGAACUACAGGCCAAGAUAGCCAGGUUAACCAAACGGUUUGGAGCAGCCAAAGAAGAUCUUAAGAAAAGACAAGAAAGUGAACCAAAUCCACCUUCAUCACCAGGAAAGUCUGUAAAUGAUGUGAACAGCAAUAAUACUGUGCCCUAUAGAAAUGUAACCACAGUAAGACAGAUGCUGGAGUCCAAAAGAAAUGUAAGUGAGAGUGCACCACCAUCCUUUCAAACUCCUAUGAAUACAGCAUCUUCAACCAAUCUUGUCACUCCUCCAGCAGUUGUCAGUAGUCAGCCUAAAUUGCAGACUCCAGUGACUUCAGGUCCUCUGACAACGACAGCAGUUCUACCUGCACCCAACACAGCUACAGUAGUUACUGCUCCUCAGGUGCCUAGUGGAAAUCCCCAACCUACCAUCUCUUUACAACCUUUGCCAGUGAUUUUGCAUGUACCUGUUGCGGUAUCUUCCCAGCCACAACUACUACAGAGCCAUCCAGGGACUUUGGUGACAAAUCAACCAUCUGGCAACGUUGAAUUCAUUUCUGUGCAAAGCCCACCUGCAGUGAGUGGUCUUACCAAAAAUCCAGUGUCUUUGCCAUCCUUGCCAAAUCCCCCUAAACCAAACAAUGUUCCUUCUGUGCCCAGUCCUAGUAUUCAGAGGAACCCUCCUGCUAGUGCUGCACCAUUGGGAACAACACUUGCUGUACAGGCUGUUCCCACAGCACACUCUAUUGUACAAGCCACAAGGACUUCUUUACCCACAGUAGGCCCUUCAGGACUCUAUAGCCCACCAAAUAAUCGAGGCCCUAUACAGAUGAAAAUACCAAUUUCUGCAUUUAGUAGUUCGUCUGCUGCAGAACAGAACAAUACUGCUACCCCAAGAAUUGAAAACCAGAUAAACAAAACAAUAGAUGCUUCCGUUAAUAAGAAAGCAGCUGAUAGCACAUCACAGAGUGGAAAACCGUCUGGCAGUGAUUCAGGGGGUGUCAUUGAUCUCACAAUGGAUGAUGAAGAGAGUGCAGCUUCUCAAGACCCCAAAAAGUUAAAUCACACUCCUGUAUCAACCAUGGGUCCCUCUCAGCCUGUGUCACGACCAUUACAACCCAUACAACCAGCUCCACCUCUUCAGCCAUCUGGGGUACCAACAAGUGGACCAUCUCAGACAACUAUACACUUACUACCUACAGCUCCAACUACCGUGAAUGUAACACAUCGUCCAGUAACUCAGGUGACCACAAGACUUCCUGUACCAAGAGCUCCUGCAAACCACCAAGUGGUUUAUACAACGCUCCCAGCACCACCAGCUCAGGCUCCCUUGCGAGGAACUGUUAUGCAAGCUCCUGCUGUUCGGCAGGUCAAUCCCCAAAAUAGUGUUACAGUUCGAGUGCCUCAAACAACUACAUAUGUUGUAAACAAUGGACUAACUUUGGGAUCAGCAGGACCUCAACUUACAGUGCAUCACCGACCACCACAAGUGCAUACUGAGCCCCCACGCCCCGUGCACCCAGCACCCUUACCAGAAGCCCCACAGCCACAGCGUCUGCCCCCAGAAGCUGCCAGCACAUCUCUGCCUCAGAAGCCACACUUGAAGUUAGCAAGAGUUCAGAGUCAAAACGGCAUAGUACUGUCAUGGAGUGUCCUAGAGGUAGAUCGAAGCUGUGCCACUGUUGAUAGCUACCAUCUCUAUGCUUACCAUGAGGAACCCAGUGCCACUGUACCCUCACAAUGGAAAAAGAUUGGGGAAGUAAAGGCACUUCCCUUGCCUAUGGCAUGUACUCUCACUCAGUUUGUAUCAGGCAGCAAGUACUACUUUGCAGUGCGAGCCAAGGAUAUUUAUGGACGUUUUGGACCUUUCUGUGAUCCUCAGUCUACAGAUGUGAUCUCUUCUUCCCAGAGCAGUUAAACCUUGAAGCCUUUAUCUCUUCCUCUUUUAAAAGUUCCACUUUUGGUCUUGUUUUUAAUCUUGUGCAUGAUAUUCAAUGUAAAAUUCACAUCGUGCAAGAUUUCUUGGACAGGUGUGUGUAUACACUACAUUUGUUUAUAACAAGAAGUAACAUAAACUCAGCCCACAAAGCAAGAAAUUUUUCCUGAACAAUUUAAGCUUCAGGGUUUUGAAAUGUAAA